UUUGCUUUACUUGUGCCCAGCGCUCUGAGUGGUGUCGACUGACAGAUUUGAGUCUGAACAGGACGAAGCGGACAGCAGAGAGAUGUGGUGGGUGCUGUGGGUGCUCGCCAUCUUGCUGGCUCUCUUCUGCAUUGUGGAUGUGUGGUACUUCCUGCGGGCCGCAGCGGUCAUCCUGCGGGCCUGGUUUCAGCCUCCAGUCUGGGACAUCACAGCGGAGCAGGUCCUAACAGGCCGGGUCACUCCCCAUGACAUCGACAUGUGCCACAUGAACAAUGCUCGGUACCUCCGGGAAUGUGACUUUGCUCGCUUCUCUCUCUACAUGCGUAACGGCGUGUUUAAGGCUGUGCGGGCCCUCAAGGCUUCAAUGGUGGUGGGGGCCACAACCAUUCGUUAUCGCAGGGCUCUGUGUAUCGGAGAGGGUUAUGAGCUGCGCAGUCGCAUCGUCACUUGGGAUGACAAAGCCUUUUUCCUUGAGCAGAGAUUCGUGUCGACAAAAGAUGGCUUGGUUUGUGCCGUGAUGUACUGCAAGCAGAGUGUCAUACGCGGCAGCCCGGACAAGAUUCUGCAGCACCUGUGCAAAAGAAAGGUGGAGUGCCCUGAGUUUCCAGAGGAUCUUCAGCACUGGGUCAACUUCAUCUCUGCCAGCAGCCAGGCCCUCAGGGCUGAGAGCGGCCUGGAGGAGAAGAACAAAUAAAACCUUUCAUGGGCAGAUAUUAAAAGUGGCGUCUUGUGAGUCAGCCUGUUUACAAGCCCAGGAGGAAAGUCUUCUCCUAUUCAGAAUCUCUUCACUUAAACACACUUGUGCCUGCACUUUGUACAACAAGCUUUAUUUAAAUUCCAACAUUUGCAGAUAUGAAACACUUGAUAACAGCACACUACAUUAUUCUGAGAGGUUGACAGUUAUGGUAAAAAUAAUAAAAUAUUAGAAAAUAUAAGUAAUACAGUUUUAUAAGGUGUGUUAUGAUGUGGUGUGACAGCAAUAAAAGAAUUCAGGAAAUU